AUCGGAACUCUCCGGAUAUUGGUUGGCCCUGUGGUUUCUUGGAGGGGAAUAAACCCUUCGCACGUCCCCCUCUCCCUUCCCCUACCAUUACUGCUGCUGCGACCGCCACAACUUGCGUGCUAUUUCUUCUUCUCACCGCCAUUGAAAACCCGGCCUGGUGGGUUUUGGACGCAGUCAUCCGUUCGGUGAUGCGCUCUCGCCCUAGCGACCACUUCAGCCGCCGAGGACAAUUCAAAUGUCUCUCUGCUCCGAUGAUUUCUCCAACAAGUUUGGGAUGUUGUCGGCCAAUCUGGUAAACUCUUCCCUGUAUCGGUAAUCUUUCCAAAUCCCGAUCUCUUCUCGAGCCGUUGGGUUAUGAACUAUCCCCAAUGUUCCGCAUCCUGGCGUUUCAUGGAAGGUUAUUGAUAUCUCAAGAAAAUAAAAAGGCGGGGUACUUUUUCCAGUCCAAUCAGAGAAUUGACUUCUUAGCUUCGAGGAGUUAUGGGUCGCUUAGGAAGAAAGGGCUACCUUUUCUCUUGUUCAGAGUUUUUUCGCAAUUUAGGUUUCCUGUUGGAGGUAAUAACGUGCUUGGACGACACAAGGGCAUGGGCCACGUUAACAGAAGUAGCUCUAGCUAUACGAAGAGCUUGUACACAAUGUCGAGGAGUAAUUAUUCGGUGACCCAUCAUGCCAAAUUGGCUUGGGAGAGGCUUAGUCUAAUCUGUUCAUAUGACGGUCCAGCCUUAUCUGUGAUAAGUAAGUUAGCCUGUGCUGUGAGCUUGUCUUUCACUCGGUUUCAAGUAGUUCCUGGUGUUCUUGCAUUUAGUGUUGGGGAGUUGGCAUGGGCUCAGAAGGCAUGGGCAGAUGGCAAUUUCUAUAGUUCAAGAAAUGGUCUUCUUAUGCAAGCAGAAGCUGGCAGCCUUUACUUCUCUUCAGUAAUUUUCUCUAUCAUAGAGGGUUUUAUUUUGGUAUUGCGAGCAGCGUACUUGUCGAUCUUAUUUUUGCCAGCUAUCUUGUUAGCACCCUUUGCGGAUAGUUUCGGACUUGAAUUCAGGAAAAGAUGGCUUCAGGUUGUCCAUCGCACUCUGGAGAGAGCUGGUCCUGCAUUCAUAAAAUGGGGUCAGUGGGCAGCAACACGCCCAGACCUCUUUCCGAAAGAUCUAUGCCUUGAGCUUACAAAACUUCAUACAAAAGCACCUGCUCAUAGUUUUGCGUACAGUAAAACCACCAUCGAGAAGGCGUUUGGUCGGAAACUUUCUGAAAUUUUUGAGUACUUUGAGGAAAAACCAGUAGCAUCAGGAAGCAUUGCACAAGUUCAUCGAGCUUCUUUGAGGUUUGCCUAUCCAGGUCAACAGUUGAAGAAACCCAUUGAAGUUGCUGUGAAGGUUAGGCAUCCUGGUGUGGGUGAUUCAAUAAGGAGGGAUUUUAUGAUAAUCAAUCUUGUAGCCAGAAUUUCAAGCCUAACUCCUGGUUUAAGCUGGUUGAGGCUGGAUGAAAGUGUACGGCAAUUUGCAGUUUUUAUGAUGUCUCAAGUUGAUCUUUCUCGGGAAGCUGCUCACUUAAGCCGGUUUAUCUACAAUUUCCGCAGAUGGAGAGAUGUGUCUUUUCCUAGGCCAUUAUAUCCACUUGUGCAUCCUUCUGUUCUUGUGGAGACAUUUGAACAAGGAGAAAGUGUUUCACGCUAUAUUGAUGAGCUUGAAGGAAAUACUCGGAUUAAAAGAGAUUUGGCACACAUUGGUACACAUGCACUCCUGAAGAUGCUUCUGGUUGACAAUUUUAUUCAUGCGGAUAUGCACCCUGGAAAUAUCCUUGUGCGGGUACCUCACACCAAGAGGUCGAGAAAGAAGAUCUUUAGACCCAAGCCUCAUGUCAUUUUCUUGGAUGUAGGAAUGACUGUUGAACUCUCUAAAAGUGACCGUGCUAAUUUGUUGGAGUUCUUUAAAGCUGUAUCUCUUCGAGAUGGUCGUACUGCUGCAGAAUGUACAUUGAAAUUGUCACAGCAUCAAGGUUGCCCGAACCCAAAAGCCUUUAUUGAGGAGUUGGAGAGGACAUUCACCUUUUGGGGUACCCGUGAAGGUGAUAUCUUUCACCCUGUUGAAUGCAUGCACCAACUUCUUGAACAGGUUCGGCAUCAUAGAGUCAAUGUUGAUGGCAAUGUAUGCACCGUGUUGGUGACCAUUCUGGUUCUUGAGGGCUGGCAACGCAAACUAGAUCCUGACUUUGACAUCAUGAAUACACUAAAAACGUUGUUACUCAAAGAAGACUGGGCACAACCCAUUGAUUAUUAUUUUUCCUAAAUAAUUUUGUGUUUUGACAUAAAAUUCAUGAAAGGAAUUUAUUGGGGUACAUUAUGCGGCAAUCAACAGAUUGUUCGAGUUCUUCUUGGGGUAUUCAGAUAUAGAACAUGAUGAACCGUCAAGUUUCUCUAGCCUGCUCCUCCCUAUCUUCUAGGUUUUCAGUAGAUUGACGUUGGUUGUUGGAGUGGAUUAAUUUAUGAAGGAUCAUAAAUACAUGGUUUUAGUUUUAGUUUCUUAAUAAGAGUAGUGCCAAUUACGUUGAUUUCUUAUUGCGUUGUCAUGUCGCUGAUUAAUUUGGAUGGAGAUCUUUUUAUCAUGACAUCUUAGUUUGGCAUCCACCUCAGUCCUUUACUUCUCAGUGCUAUCUUAUUCAGAUAUGCAGCUGAUAAGGUUGGGAGUAGGGCAACGUGGGUUUCGACCUUUGCUGCUAAUGAUUGACUCACUAUGCCUAUGGUUUUCCAUUGUCAUCACCAUAUACUUUUUACUUGUUAAUUUGUUUUUAUCUAGUACGAGGAGGAACUCACCAUCUCUUAUACAGCAGAGGAUACUGCAUGCUAGAUCUUGAUCUACCACAAUGCGUUCAGAGCUUGGGAUGCAAAAGCGAGGUAAAAGUUUUACUUGGUAUUUGAUUCUGUGCAUGAUUGCUGUGGAGCUGUUUACUGGGACGCACACCUAAUGGGUGUUUCGGACCCAACACUCUGAGGUGGUGCACCAAAACGACUGGACAAAAUGAUUGAGUGGAUGAAUGCAUUGAAAAGUCGCGUCCUCCCAGCGAGUUGGUCGUGUGUAGCUUGAGGUCUUCCUGGCCUUAUCAAGAGCGUCGGAUGUACCUUUGUCCUCUGGAACCAGACACCACCCUGUAAGGAUACACCUUGAGAUGGGACCCUUUUCGACCAUUUUCCAUUUUCCAUUCCCACUUCCACCCACCCUAAGGCUGCUGCAGCAACCAAAAACCCUUGUGGAGAAAAGAAAAAGUUUUGGAUUCAACCCAGACUCUGGAGCUGAGACCACAGCACAAGUAGUGUAUGGCUUCUGAGGUCUGUUCCCUUUAGUCCCACUACCCCCCCCAUGAUUGGAACUUUUGCACUGUAUCUUGUCGUGAUUCUUUCAUUUUUUUCUGCUUUGUCGAUCCUGUUUGGUUUUCUAAGAGGUUUACCCACCCCACCCGAGGCAACCUUUUCGACUUUCUGGUCACUCCUAAAAAGCUCGAGGCUGGGAAAUGCAACCUCACUCGUAAAAUAAUACAAUGUCAUUGGGAUUUGGUUGA